AUGUUCCAGGAGUCGCUGCAGCAGUGUUCAGAGGAUGUAGAUGAUGUAGAGGAUGUAGAUGAUGUAGAGGAUGUAGAUGAUGUAGAGGAUGUAGAUGAUGUAGAGGAUGUAGAUGAUGUAGAGGAUGUAAAUGAUGUAGAGGAUGUAGAGGAUGUAGAGGCUGUAGAGGGUGUGGAGGGUGUAGAGGAUGUAGAGGCUGUAGAGGAUGUAGAUGAUGUAGAGGCUGUAGAGGGUGUAGAGGCUGUAGAGGGUGUGGAGGGUGUAGAGGAUGUAGAGGCUGGAGAGGGUGGAGAGGAUGUAGAUGAUGUAGAGGCUGUAGAUGAUGUAGAUGAUGUAGAGGAUGUAGAUGAUGUAGAGGAUGUAGAGGCUGUAGAGGCUGUAGAGGUGGAGGGUGUAGAGGUGGAGGGUGUUCUUCUGCAUCCACUACAUUAGUCUUGUCACAUCUGAUCCAAACAGAACAGCGCUGCAUAUGAAAGGGGGGAUUUUCAUACUGAAAGCAGAGGCAGCUCUGAGCCACCCUUCAGUCUGAUCAGUUCUUUUCAUAAUUAAUCCUUUAUUAAGAAAUGAUGACUAUAAAAGUUGAAAUAGUUUUACUACCAGAAUACUAGCCUGUUACCAAUUAACAGAUUCUUCAAAUAACCAGAUCAGAACAGUGUUAGUGAUUCAGUCAGUGACACCUGACGAUCUGUGACUGUAGGUGUAGAACCCGACUAAUUAGAAGUUAUUUAGGUGCAACGUUCCACAAAGAUAAACAGAUCUGUAGACACCACAUUAGUCUAACACAGGAAGAGCUGUUGUUUCU